CGCCGCCGCCGCCGCCGCCGCCGCCGUCGCCGUCUCUGCGUUCGCCAUGCGUCCCGGGACGCCCGGGCCACUGUGGCCACUGCCCUGGGGGGCCCUGGCUUGGGCCGUGGGCUUCGUGGGCUCCGUGGGCUCAGGGGACCCCGUGCCCGGUGGUGUCUGCUGGCUCCAGCAGGGCCGAGAGGCCACUUGCAGCCUGGUGUUGAAGACCGAUGUGAGCCAGGCUGAGUGUUGUGCCUCCGGCAGCAUCGACACCGCCUGGUCCAACUUCACUCACCCCGGGAACAAGAUCAGUCUCCUGGGCUUCUUGGGCCUCGUCCACUGCCUCCCCUGCAAAGGGAAACUGAGGCUGGAAUGCUCAAUCUGCCCUUCAGACCUACAAGCAACAGAACUGGGGGCAUCCAUCCAGGAUCUGGUGUGGAGUUAUGCUGAGAUUCGUGCGAGGGCGUGGAGUGCGGCCCGGGAAAGAUGUGCCGCAUGCUGGGGGGCCGCCCGCGCUGCGAGUGUGCGCCGGAAUGCGCGGAGCUCCCCGCGCGCCUGCAGGUCUGCGGCUCGGACGGCGCCACCUACCGUGACGAGUGUGAGCUGCGCGCCGCGCGCUGCCGCGGUCACCUGGAUCUGCGCGUCAUGUACCCGGGCCGCUGUCGCAAGUCAUGCGCGCACGUGGUGUGCCCACGGCCGCAGUCGUGCGUGGUGGACCAGACCGGCAGCGCCCACUGCGUGGUGUGUCGCUCGGCGCCCUGCCCCGCGCCCUCCAGCCCUGGCCAGGAGCUCUGCGGCAACAACAACGUCACCUACAUGUCCUCGUGUCACCUCCGCCAGGCUACCUGCUUCCUGGGCCGCUCCAUUGGCGUGCGCCACGCCGGCAGCUGCACAGGCAUCCGCGAGCCGUCAGAUGCUGAGUCAGAGGAGGAGGAGGAGAACUUCGUGUGACCAGCGGGGCGGCUUCGGCCUGGCGUUUCAAAGCCUCCCAUUUUAUUUAUUGCCACAGUAGAGCCUAAUUUAUGUCCCAUGGACACUCCCCAGAGCCUGGACUGGGGGAAGCCCUGGAUCCCUCCACACACAUGUCUUGGAAGGAUUGGGAGAACGUGGCCUGAGUGUGGUGCUGGUGGGUGGGACUCCUUCUGGAGGCACCCAACAGUCCAAGAGGACCUCACGCUUCUGCUCUCUUAGGGAUAACUAUUAACUAUCGCUGCCACUGAGAGGGCUGGGGAUUCUCUGACAGCAAUUAAUGAAAAGGCACCCCAGCCUUCUAGAACAGGGACUAGGAGUGAGGAGGGGGUCCACAGCCUGGGUGUGUAUAGAUGAAUAUUCCCAGACCCCGGACAGGCCAAGAAAGCAGCCUCUGUUGCCUACCAGCCCAAGAGCCCAGGGCUUUCCUUCCCCACUGCCUCCAUUUACCCAGUAGGUCCUGUGAAGGCCCCUGAGAAAAGCCCAGUUUACCCCCUGGUGGGCGCACUGUCGGUGCUUCCUGACACUUGACACUUGCCGCAGGCAUGGAGCCACCAGGAUCAGCACAGAACAGGGCACUAUGUCCAGUGGUGCCCAGUCCACUGAGGGUGGGACCCAGGAGUCCCUGCUCACCCGCUGACCCAGGUGGAGUGUACAUGCCAAGGCUUCCUGGAGUCGUGUGUCUGAGCAGCACCCCUAGUACCUGCUGCCUUGCCCACAAGUGAGGGCCAGACCCAGGACCCCUCGGUGCCACCAAACCUGCCCUUGUUGGGGUCCCAGUUCCCCGCGGGACCCUCCUCACCCACCAGCCAGGCUCAGGGGUCUUGACCCCCAUCCAAUGCUGGCCUAGGGCCAGUUCCCUCCAUUUCCCCCAGACUGUCGCUCAGUGCCAACCCCCACCCCCAUCCCCCGCCUUUAUGUAGACCAGCAGCUCCAACCAGAUAUGGACACCCAACAGGGAGGGGGCCCAGCUCCUCAGGUUUGGGGCAAAGAGCACAGGGGGCCAGUGUACUCACCCUCUCCUAGCCCACAGGAAGUGCCUUAUCUGUGACACCCAGAAAAGUGCCCUUGAGUAGUGGGUUCACCCAA